AUGUGGGCAGAAACAAGGUGGGAGAGCAAGGUCAAAAGUGUUGAGCCCAUGAGGUACCACGGAGUUGCCGUGAGAGAGGCUUUAAUUGAGCCAGCCGCUGCAGAAGGGAUCAAAGAAACUAUCGAGGGCCUCAUCAAAUCAGGUGUAUUGGAGCCCUCACAGUCCGCCUGGAACAUGCCCAUUCUUCCUGUAGAAAAGACAGGGACUGGUAAAUAUCGCAUGGCACAUGACCUCAGAAAAAUAAAUGACAGACUGGUAACCACUACAGUACCUGUCCCAAACCCGUACACUACAUUGACUAGUCUGACACCGCAACAGCAAUGGUUCACUUGCAUUGAUUUGGCGAACGCGUUCUUUUGCCUGCCGCUACACAAAGACUUACGGGAUGUGUUCUCAUUCACGUAUGAAAACAGACAGCUGCGUUAUACUCGGCUACCACAAGGGUUCGCGCUUUCGCCAGGUAUCUUUAACCAAGUGUUGAAACAAGCGUUAACAGGGUGUCCCCUGCCAGACGGCACGACAUUGAUCCAAUACGUGGACGACAUCCUCCUCGCAUCCACUUCAGCGGAAACCUGUUUGGAAGCAACAGACACCGUCCUACGCCGGUUGGCCGAAACAGGUUUUAAGGUCAUUAAGUCUAAGUUGCAGGUCGCCAGACGACAGGUUUCAUUUUUAGUUAGAGUACUGUCGGGAAGUGGCUCAGGGCUCUCGGCCGCUCACAGGUCCAGUAAACGAGAAAGGAUGCGAAAUCUCACUGCUGAUCUCAAAUGGGACCAAAGAGCGGAGGAGGCGUUUAUCAAGCUAAAAACAGAACUGGCACAGGCCGCGGACCUUGCAGUACCGGAUUACAGCGCGCCGUUUUACCUGGAUGUUUCUGAAACAAUAGGGGUUGUUAAUGGGGUUUUGUUUCAGAAAAAGGGGGGUGGUAAAAGGAAGGUGCUUCUGUAUAGCAGUGUCAUGUUGGAUACGAUGGAAAAACUACACCAUGAAUGCACACAACACGCAGCAGGGGUUGCAAAGCUUGUAAUGAAAACAGCACACAUUGUCAUGGGCCAUCCACUACAUGUGCUAACAACACAUAGCAUAGUAGCUUAUGUAAAUUCACAAACUUUUACGAUGAUGUCACUAAGACAAAGAAGGCUGAGUAAGCUGUUAGAAGCUCCAAAUCUCACCUUCACACAUGAAGGCAUCAACAUGGCUGAUCACAUGGAAAAGGAAGAACCACACCAGUGUGAAUAUAAGGUGGAACUGGAAGCAAAAGUGCGAACAGACUAAAAAGGCACACCACUGACACACUCUGAUUGGCAAUUGUUCACUGAUGGCAGCUGCUUUAGACAUCCACAGAAGGGGUUGCAGUCGGGAUACGCGGUAGUCAGAAGCCAUGGGGCAGGGACAGAGGUUCUGGAAGCAGAAAGGAUCCAGGGGAGUCAGUCAGCUCAAAGAGCGGAGGUACUUGCAUUUAUAAGAGCAUUACAGCUGGCAGAAGGGAAGGCAGUAAACAUCUAUACUGACUCGGCGUAUGCAGUAGGAGCAGCUCAUGUGGAGCUGGGACAGUGAGGUUUUCUGAUGGCUGGAGGAAAACCAAUUAAACAUGCACAAGAAAUGAAAGAUUUGGCAGCAGCCUUGGCUCUACCUAGCACCGUGGCUAUUAUUAAGUGCAAAGGACACGAGAACUCCGAACGCUCGGAAUGGUGGCCAAGGGAAACCAGGCAGCAGACCAAGCUGCAAAACAGGCUGCAGGUUACCAAAUCGGGCUCCAAAUGCCAGAAAUGGGGGUGUGUCAUUGACUAUACUGACAUGAUCACACGACACGAAGGAAAAAGGUAUCUCCUAGUAUGCAUGGACGCCCUGACCGGCUGGCCAGAGGCAUGGCCCACGAAAGAGGAGGAUGGCAAAUCGGUGAUCAAAUGUCUAGUAAACCAUUACAUACCAAGACACGGGUUUCCAGAAAAGAUCAGGUCGGAUAAUGGCACCCACUUUAAAAAUCAAGACCUGCAAGAAGUGGAAAAGAUGCUGGGCCUGAAACACGCAUUUGGUACAGUAUAUCACCCACAAUCCCAAGGCAAAGUAGAACGCAUGAACCAAAACUUGAAACAAAAAUUGGCUAAAAUCUGUGCACAGACAAAUUUAACCUGGGUUCAAGCGCUCCCACUCGCGUUAAUGGCCAUUAGAAGCUCAGUAAAUCAGGGUACAGGUUUCACGCCGUACGAACUGACCACCGGAAGACAGUUCCCUGGACCCAGUGCCGGCCUGGAGCUUAGGCCCAACCCGGAAACUCCGCCAGGUGAGUAUGCAAGUCAUUAUAACGAACUACGAGCUCUCGUUUCAGAUUUUGCGGAUCAGGUGCAAGACAAAACAGGGGAUCAGAACGCCCACAACCCCCACACGGCAGCCUGGGUCCUCCUGAGGGUCAUUAAGAGAAAGUGGUCAGAGCCGCGGUGGACAGGAUCGUACCAGGUGGAGGAAAGAACCUCACAUGCAGUGAGGCUGAGAGGGAAAAGUUAUACCUGGUACCACUGGAGCCAGUGCGCCACCGCAGAGGAACCAGCUCGCACUCUCCAGGACGUCCUGAAGGAUCAGGAGCAAGAGGCGGCAACGGGCACCGGAGGGUCCCCAAACGCACUCUCGACGGACAGUUGACCGACAGA